GGUAACCGAGCUUUAGUCCUACUCUUUGGCUUCCACCCCCCCACCUUCCAUUUAUUUUCUGCGCUACUCAUCUCCUCUAUAUUUCCCAGUUUUCUCAUUUUUGAGAGCUCUCCCCACAUUCCUCCGUUUGUUAUUUCCUUAAUCAUAUAUUAACGUCGUUAGUUGCCAAAAACGCUGGAGAGCCACUCAACGCCCCCUUGUUCGGAGUUCCGUUACCAGCAGGAAUUUUCAUUGGCAAUCAACUAAUCUGCUACAAGCUAAUUUGCUGCUCGGGUACAUCCUCUUGAGAUCUUGGUCAUGUCGAAGCCAAAACUAUCCCCUCCAGUUAUCAGACAACUCAUCAUUCUUGCAGCAUGUCGGCUCGCAGAACCUGUUUCCCUGACUUCUGUCUCUCCUUACCUGUAUUAUAUGGUUGAAUCCUUUGGAGUUCCCCACGAAGAGAUACCGUUUUAUGUCGGAAUAACUUUCGCCUGUUUCUCAUUUGCUCAGUUCCUCACAGGGAUCUUUUGGGGGCGGGUUAGUGACAGGUUCGGCAGGAAGCCGACAAUGCUGAUGGGGCUGAGUGGAUCGCUCUUGUUCAUUUUAAUUUUCGGUUUCUCGACUACUCUUCCUAUGGCUAUAUUCGCCAGGUGCUCUUCAGGGCUUGUAAAUGGGAAUGUUGGAAUAUUGAGAACUAUGGUGGCUGAGAUGGUUCCACAAAGGGAGCUUCAACCCCGAGCGUUUUCGGUCAUGCCGAUGAUUUGGACUACGGGAUCGAUUCUCGGACCAGCUAUUGGGGGGUUUCUUGCUGAUCCUGUAACUAACCACCCGAAUUGGUUUAAGGGAGAACCACCGGCCUUUCUUAAGAAAUUUCCAUUCUGUCUGCCAAACUUAGUCAGCGCUGCCCUUCUUGUCUGUGGUCUGUCUGCCGGGGCUCUCUUCCUUAAAGAAACCCUUGAAACAAAGAAGAAUGAGCCUGACCGUGGCCGCCAAAUUGGGAAAAAGAUAAUUGAGUUUUUCUCCCAGAGCCCGCAGCACCGCACGGACAUGCUGGACGAGACUACUUCUCUCUUAGCGGACUCCUCCUCGAGAACUGAUGGGGAAGUGAAUUUCCCACCGGAAGUUCUUAAGGAUUCUGCGCCGCCACCGCUGAUGCAAGCAUUUACCUUUCAGUCCACAGUUAAUAUUAUUGUAUAUUGCUCAAUAUGUCUACACACCAUAACCUUUGAUCAGCUGCUCCCCGUGUUUAUGUCAUAUCCGCGGGAGGAUACUCCUAGACAGGGCUUAAAGUUCGCAGGAGGGUUUGCCAUGCCAAGUUAUACCAUUGGCUUUUUCUAUACCGUUUACGGUAUUGUCGGGAUGUUUCUACAGUUCUUUGUUUUCCCCCCCGUGGUCAACGCUCUUGGCCCCUUGCGAACCCUCUGGUGCUGUAGUUUAGUCUUCCCAGUCAUUUACUUUCUCGCACCGUUUACGCUCCUCCUCCCACGCGACCACCAGCAUUUAGUACUCUUCUUCCUCCUUUUUGCGAGAGGUGUAUCGUCUAUUUUCUCAUUUCCUUGUAGCACUAUACUGCUUACGAAUUCUAGUCCUAGCUUGAGGCUUUUGGGCACCCUCAACGGAAUUGCUGUUGCGUUGGGUGCCCUUUCGAAGGGUAUGGGGCCGGCUAUCGGAGGUCUGGCAUUCACUCUUGGCCAGAAAACCGGGUACGGAAUCCUCCCCUGGUUUCUGUUGUCGGGAAUAACCACCCUCUGCAUCCUGCCAUUGGUCUUUCUAGUUGAAGGCGAGGCUUCCCCGAAUAAUAAACCCAUGCAAGGAGUUGAAGGCGAUGAAGUAGGUCCUCUCGCCAAGUGACUUGGUGCAUGAGUAAGUACUCAAUUUGGCUUCAAAACCU